UGCAAAUGGUAACAUUUUUAACAUGGCCGCAUGUUGAACGAAACGAUUUUCUUUACUGUUUGCCAAAAUAAACUAACAUAGGCGUAAUUAGUGAGCGGAUUUAUGUAGCUUGCAUAGCUAAAGAUUUAAUUUACUCGUGAUAUAUAAUAAGGUGGUUCGCGAAGAUGAUGCAUCACCCGAACAUGCAUCAUCAGCCGAUCUCGGGGCACCCGCCGCAACACAUGGGUGGGCACCAAGGAAUGCCUGCACACCACCAAAUGCCUCCACAUCAGAUGCACCGAGAGAACAGGCACGUAACACUGACUAGGGUGCCGCUGGGGCCGGCGCAGGCGGGCGGCGCGAUGGGCGCGCACGGACAGGCGCUGGGCGGGCUGGGCGCCAUGGGCGUGCCGCCGCCGCACCACACGCCGCAGCGACCACCUCACCCCAUUAGGGCUAUGCCACAUCAUCCGCAAGCGCAACACCACUCCGUGCCACCGCAACAAAUGAAGGCGCUCCGUCGCCCGUACGCGGUGGGCGGCGGGUACGGACCGGGCGCGGGUGUGCUGCCGCCGCCGUACGCGCAGCCGCCGCCGCUGCAGCCGCCCGCGGUCCCUAUUGCACAUACAGUGGUGUCAUCGUCGAGCACAGCAGCCAGCCACGGCGGAGCGGGCGAGGCUGGCGGCGAGGCGGAGGCGGCGGCGCCCGCGCCCGCGCCGCUCGACGACGACGACGCCGCGGACGACGCGCCGCGCACCGCCACGGCCAACAGUAAAGAGAAGACCCCUAUGUGCCUGGUCAACGAGCUGGCCAGGUACAAUAAGAUUAAGCAUCAAUAUCGCCUCACAUCAGAGACGGGCCCUGCUCACAAAAAAGUAUUCACAGUAACACUCCGAUUGGGUGAUACUGAGGAAUAUACAGCAGAGGGCUCGUCCAUCAAGCGCGCGCAGCACGCGGCGGCGAGCGCGGCGCUGGGCGCCACCAGCUUCACGCCGCCGCCGCCGCGCGCGCCCGCGCCGCACGCCGCCGCGCACCCGCACCACCGACACGCCGGCGCGGUGAUGCCGACGGUGGAGCUGAACGCGCUGGCGAUGAAGCUGUGCCAGCCGGCGGUGUACACGUCCAUCCCGCCCGUGGCGGGCGGCGCGCGGCUGCGGGGCGCCUACCGCGCGCACCUGCUGGCGCCCGCCUACAGCGCCGCGCUGCUGUACCGCGUGCGCGUGGCCGUGGGCGGCCGCGCCUGGCUGGGCGAGGGCAACACGCCGCAGGCCGCCCGCCACGACGCGGCCGCGCGCGCGCUGCGCGACCUGCGCCGCGACCCCGCGCGGGACCACGAGCCGCCGCACCCGCCCGCCGCCGCCCCCGACACCGACGCAGGUGAAGCUAACACAGACAUACUAAACUCCGAAGUGAAGUCACCUGUGUCACUGGUGCACGAGCUUGCCCUCAAACGCAAUCUUUCUGUACAGUUCACCGUCAAAUCAGAACGUGGUCCGCCACACAUGAGAGUAUUUGUGACCGCUUGCACGGUGGGCGAUAUGGAGACUGAAGGUGAAGGCAACGGCAAAAAGGUGUCAAAACGUCGCGCGGCCGAGCGCAUGCUGGAUGAGAUGCGGAGGCGUUGGCCGCCCGCUCUGCUGCGGGCGCGGCCCUCGCAUGAUAAACGACGGCAACAACCGACUAAAAAGAAACCUAGGAAUCUCAUCAAGGUGGAGGGCGGCGCGGGCGGCGCGGGCGCGGCGGGCGGCGCGGACAACCCCAUCUCGCGGCUGGCCGUGGCGCGCCACGCCGUGCGCGCGCGCUCGCCGCAGUACCGCGUGCUGGAGGAGCGCGGGGCCGCGCGCCGCCGCGAGUUCCUCGUGCAGUGCGACGCGCCGCCGCACUCCGCCACCGGCCUCGGGCCCAACAAGAAGACCGCCAAGCGACGCGCCGCGCACAAUGUGUUACUAGCGAUGGAGAUGAGCACCAAGUCACCUGACAGCCCUGCACAGAACAACAGCUGCGGCUCAGACGUCAGCAACGGAUCGACGACAGAAACCAAGACCAAUGGCACUGACACCAAACGGAAACAGUCGGAGGCGGAGGCGAGUGCGGGCGGCGCGGGCGACGUGCGCCAGCCCGUGCCCGGCGUACUGCUCAUGGACUACCACACGCGGGCGCCCAGCACACACGACCCCGCACACGGCAUCUGUGUGAGUGAAACAAGUGCGACAGGAGGCUCGGGCGGCAACACGCCCGGCGCGAAGGACCAGCUCAUGUACUUGUCACAAUUGUUAGGAUUCACUGUGCAGUUCUCUGACUUCCCCAAGCGCAACCACGGGGAGUACCUGUCGCUGGUGUCGCUGUCGACGGAGCCGCCGGUGAUGUGCCACGGCGGCGGGCCCAGCACGGCGCAGUCGCACGAGCAGUGCUCGCGCGCCGCCCUGCGCGCGCUGGCGCUCAUGGGGCUGGACGCGCCGCCCGCGCCCGCCGCG